AUGUACCUCCCUAGUGGCACCACCGAUGAGCCUCUCCUGGGUCCGCCGCAUGUGCGGAAGCGUAUCCUCGCUCCAUCCAUCCUGCUCUCCCCACAGGUCCGCCGUCUGGCCUCGUUGGGGUCGACGUUCCUGGCGAUUGCCGCCGUCGCGGCCUUGAGUUUGUUCAUGCUCACGUCGGAUUUUGCACCGGGUCUGUCUUCGUUGUCCGAGUCCACUUCAGCGCAUGCGGCGUACCUAUCGUUGAAUGCGUCGGACACAGCAGUAGCGCCAUCGUCGUCGUCCACGUCGAUCGGUGUGAUCGCCCCAGGCAUCGUCUACGGCAUUGCCAUCCUAGGCGGCGUCGUCCUUGGAUUCUUCGGCUACCGCUUCGUCCGCGCCGGGUUUUUCGCCGCGGGGUUCACUGUGGGCCUUGUCGUGUUCUUCGACGUAGGCGCGCGAGCGUUCAACGGUGAGUCUUGGGUCGUGGCCGGCUCGUUGGCGCUGUCCAUCGUCGGCGCUGUCCUCAUCGCACUUCUGGCGCUCUACUUGUAUCGCUUUGGCAUUGCGGCCAUGGGGGUAUUGGCGGGCGUGGGGUUCGGCGCGUUCCUCGGGUCCAUCUUCUUCAUCCAGCUCAACGCCGCCCAUCCGGAGAUCCCCAUGCUCAUCUCGAUGGUGUCGUUUGGCAUUCUCUUGGGAUUGGUUGCGUUCUUCGAAGAGAAACCCGUCGUGAUUCUGUGCACAUCGUUCCUCGGCAGUUUCUUUGUCGUGCUCGGGGCCGGCAACUUCAUCGGCCAGUACCCCACGCCUGCCAACAUCGAGUCGCUGCUGCUGGCCCUUCGAAACGGAGCUUCCGAUGCGAAGGUGGCCAUGCCUGGCGCGUGGUGGGCCUACUUUGCGGCGACGUUGGUGAUGUGGAUGGUUUGCAUUGCGGCCCAAGUCCAAAUCACCGCGAGUGGAGUCGACCACCAUGCCGAAGCGACAGAGAAGGCGGCAGGGCGUCGCAGACCUCCACGUCCGAUUCCUGGAAGCAAAGGGGGUACGGAUGAGGUGCCGAUUGACAUCCAAGAUGCUAAGGAGACAAAAGUCGCGCAGCCAACGAAGAAGAAAGGGUCGUUCAAAGUAGAACGCGGCAUUUAA